AUGCAGCCCCAGCGACGCCGGCGUGAGUCCCUCACGCCGCAGCAGCUGCGUGAGUGGUACGCUGGUUGGGGCUGUAGGGGUGGCGACGCUACUCCUACUACCACUCCUGCUGCUUCUACUCGUGGUGGCGGCCAGAUGCAGCUCCCGCGACCCUCUCGCGUGUCUCUCACGCCUCGCCAGCUUCGUGAGUGGUACGCUCAGAGUGGAGGGUCUCUUAGUGCUGUUCGCUGCUCUUACGUGAUUCGCACUGGUACUCGGACUGGUCAGCCUUGUGGGACACGUAGUCAUACACCGUCCCGCUGCUUCGCCCGUCUGAGCGACGCCUGGCGUACCGUGUUUGGCGACGAGGCUGAGCUUCCCGACUGGGUGGAGUUGCUUAGGCAGAGGGUAGAUAUAUAUGCUCUUGACUAUGAUGCUAUUCUCACUGCCAUGUAUGCAUUGCCUACUAGUGCUGACCGUGCAGGUCACCUGUGCGUCCCGCCUGACCCAGGUAUAGGACCUGCUGCUCUAGCUACUGGUGAGGCUGCUGCUCUGGGUGCUAGUGAGUCUCCUGCUCCAGGUACAGGUGCGGCUGCUGCUCUAGGUGCUAGUGAGUCUGCUUCCUCAGGUGCGGGUGAGGCUGCGCUCUCAGGUACCGCGUUGGCUUCGGCCUCCCUCACCUUUACACUUGACUCUGGGGCUUCUCGCUCCUUCUUUCGGGACCGCACCACACUCACGCCGCUUGGUCGGCCGGUUGCAGUCUCCCUGGCUGACCCCUCUGGGGGUCCUGUCCUCGCUCACUUCUCCACUGUCCUCCCGUGUCCGGCUGCCCCCUCGGGCACCCUGUCUGGCCUGUACCUCCCCUCGUUCUCGACGAACUUGGUGAGUGGUGCAGACCUACAGGAUGCGGGGGUUCACCAGUUCACUCCUGCGAGUCAGCGGGUAGCAGCGUCGGGUCAGGUGUUUGCUGCUGCGUCCAGGACCUUCCUGUGUCCCCUGUGUCGAGGGUCGCCUCCGGGCUACUCCUCACUCCUCCCACUUCCCCCCGACAGAGGCUCCCCUGCAGACGCUUCACAUGGAUGUGUGGGGCCCAGCCCCCGUCCGUGGGCAGGAUUACGAGCGCUACUUCCUGUUGGUGGUUGA